AUGUCGAUUCGGGCAGCUCAAGUUCAGGGCUGGAUCGAGAACUACGAUGUGUUUUCAUCUGUGAAAGAUCCGCUUUCAGCUAGAAUUGUUCAAGUCGAUGAUAAACUUAUUCAUGUUGAAUCUACCUGGUCCAAUCGCGAGCCCGUUUUGAAGAAGAAUAUCAGGACAAACAGGUUUUCAGUGCUAGAAAAAGACAAGUUGGUACCUGUUUCAACUUGUACUGGAAGAGUUGUUAGCACUGAGUAAGUUAUUUUUGAUGUUUUUGUUUUAGGUAUUGGAGGUAGAAGAAGGUAUUUAAGGUGGAGAGGAGUGGAAGUGAAUGUAAUUGAAGGUGUUUUGUUAUUAAUGUGUAAAAAAGAAUUCUGUAUCUAUUAGAAGGGGUUUUAAACUUAAAUUCUUUUAAUUUGCAGCUUUUUUAUUUUCAGAAAAUUGUUAAUAUUUAUUUAUAUAACUAAUAAACAUAAUUUUUUAUAUAAAUUUUAUGUUUGUUUUGAUUUUUCUAUAAAAACCUUAUUUUAGUGCUCCACCAACGAUCUACACGAAGAACGGCUCCCAUUCAGCUACAUUGCUGUCUCAAACUGAAGGGAAAGAUGAAAAACAGUUUCUAAUUGUAACAUUGAUUGAAAUUCAAAGAAGAAUCAAAACUUUGGAGUUGGGAGCGCCAAAAAAGAUUGGCAAGGUUCAUGUUGGUGGAGAAUUUGGAGCGUUUCAAUUCUCGAACGAUGGAGACAAAAUCUUGUUUGUAGCUGAAAGACAAGUCAAGCCUCAAAACUUUUACGAUUCUGACUUGGAUUGGAGCGAUGAGGAGAAGAUUGUCAAGGUAUGGUGUCACUUACAUUUAGAUUUUUGAAAAGUUAAGAGGAAUUGGUAUAUAAAAUUUGAAAAAAGCGAGAAUUUGGGACUAAAGUCAAAAAAUUGUUAAAUAAAAAGUUUUUAGGCCAAAGUUGGCGAAAAGUUCGUGUACCGUGAAUCCUGGGGUGAACAAAUGCCAGAAGUCAAGGUACCCAUUCUCUGUGUUUACAAUUUCCGAACAGAUGAACUCAGAACCAUUGAUACAGAAUUCUUUGAUUCUUAUAGUCCAGCACAAGCUCAAUGGGCUCUAGAAGACGAUGGCAUAUUGUUUGUGGCUGUGAAAUCAAAACCUUUUAAAUUGGGCAAGAUUUACUGUACCAAUAGACCUAGUCAGCUGUACUAUUACAACUUGAAGACCGAAUCUUUCGAAGCGAUUGGAAAUGAGGAUGUUGCUAUUGAAGGCCUGCGGGUGUCUCCGUGUGGAAAAAUUGUUACUUGGUUCCAGAGGGAUGGAAUUGGUCCUCAUGGGGCUUGUUUCGAAAUGAGAAAGGUAUGUUGGGAUAGGGGAGGGUGCAGUGAUGGUCAUUUAAAAACUGCAGUAGCUUUUGUUAAGAGACAGAUAUAGAGUUUAAAAUUUGUGAUGUUAUAGUUUAUUCUCCGUAAUAUUUAGCUCAACAAAUAAAAUUUGAAAAUACAGUAUACGUUUAAAUUUACAGUAAUUUUACUCCAACACUUUUUUGAUUUUUUACAAUAAAGGUUUUAUGUAUAUUAAAGUUCCUUAAGUCAAAGCUUUGUUGUAUAUCAAAAAACUCUAGUAAUGAUAUAAGCUUCAGAUGGACUGGUCCAUCUACUCCAGGGAACCCAGAAUCUUAGUCCCAAUAAUAAAGUCACAAGAAACGUUUGGCUCGAGAGGAAGUUUCCCUGGCUUCUUCAUGCCAUCAACAGCAAAACAACCGUUUUUGGAAGGAAAUCGACAGGUCGUAUCAACAUUAUGGGGAGCUACAAACACUAUAGUUACUGUAGAUUUGGAUAAUGGCAAAGUUGUACGAUUACCCGACUGUAAAAAUUCGAAAGGAUCUUUGUUUUUACUGGAUUAUAAGGUAAGGUAACAUUUUUUUGUUGAGAUUUGUUGGUUUUGGGUUGAGAAUGUUGAGAAGGUAGUUUUUGAUAAAGAAAAUGGCAAGAACUUUGUUUACAGAAGAAAAAAUGGCAAGAACUUUCUUUACAAAACUAAGUUUUUCAAUUUCAGGAAGGAUAUGUUCUGGCCAAUGCAGCAGCACCAUCAGUACCAGCCCAACUCGUCAUUGGAAACAUAAAUUCAAAAAAUUUCGAUUGGAGCUUUGUCGAAGAUUUGGAUGUUCUAUUAGACAUUGCUGAUUACGUGAACAAGUGGGAGUUGUUGUAUUUCAAAAGAGAGGGUAAGGGAUAUGAAUUUCUUGAUUAGGUCACAAAAAAUUUAAAUGGUUUAUAUUGGUCGUAUAACUUGUCGCCCGCAGCCUGCAAAAGUCCAAAAAUUAACAAGCAACAUGAAAAAUGGCAAUAGCUUUCUUUACAAAACGACAAAUGGCAAGAAAUUUCUUUACGAAAAGAAUAAUGGCAAGAACUUUCUUUGAAAAACAAGAAAUGACAAGAACUUUCUUUACAACUCAAAAGAUAUCAAGAUCUUUAUUUACAACUCAAAAACGGCAAAAACUUUCUUCACGAAACCAAAAAUGGCAAGAACUUUAUUUACAAGACAAAAAAUGGCAAGAACUUUAUUUACAAUUUUAUAUUUUAUGAAAUUACUUUAGAAGGUCACCAAUACGAAGCCGUAAUACGAUUCUCAAUCAGAGAAGGCAAAGUCAAGGUACCAUUGGUAGUUUUACCUCACGGUGGGCCUCAUGGAGCUUCUGUAGCCACAUGGCACGGAACGUUGAUUGGAAGUUUGAUUGCUGCUGGCUACGCUGUUUUACAGGUAAUUUGUGAGUAUUGUAGGCUAGUGAGUACUGUGAUUUAUUUACUAUUAGGUUGUUCAAAUAAUUCUGUACUUUUUAAUUUCGAAAAUUUGCUUUGAAAGGACGCGCAGAAUUAUUUGAAGAGCUUAAUAUUUCACUGCUCUGUUGAAGCAUGUUGUAGUACGUAGGAAAGUAAGAUCUGUGACUCGUAGUAUGAGCUUAAAUUAUUAUUAUGUAUUCAUUAUAACCAAUGCAUCAAAUAUCACCUAAAAAAUAUCGUUAUAGGUCAAUUACCACGGCUCUCAAGGCUACGGCGACGAUUUUAUCAACCGACUGCCGGGAAAUUGUGGUGAUAUGGACGUGAAAGAUGUGCACUAUGCUGCGCAGACCGUUCUUGACAAGUACGACUUUAUUGACAGCGAUAGAAUAGUAUUGUUCGGAGGAUCACAUGGAGGUUUCUUGGUUUCGCAUCUCAUCGGCCAGUACCCGGACUUUUACCGUGCUUGUGUCGCUUUGAAUCCGGUUUUGAACAUUUUGAGUAGGUGGACAAGAAUAAUGUUUUGUUUAAAUAAUUCUGAGCUCCCUUUUGAAGCAAUUUUUGGUGUUAGGGGCACAGAAUUAUUUGAACAACUUGAUGGUGUCAGUAUAUAUAACAUCUUUUCUGAUGCCCUCGGUUCAAUAUACCUAAUAGUGUCAUAAUCUAGACUUCCGCUAAGCAAAUAGUAACUCAUUCUUUUCUAUAAUGUAUACCAUAUUGCUCAUGAAUGUUUCAGCCAUGCACGACCUAACCGACAUCACCGACUGGACCUACUACGAAGGCCUCGGCCAAUGGCCCGACUUCAAACGCGUCCUAAACGAAGAAGAACGCAAACUCAUGUACGACUCCUCACCAAUCGCUCAUGUAACCAAAAUCAAAGCACCAUACCUUCUACUGAUCGGAGAGAAAGACCUGAGGGUGGUACCUCACUAUCGUGGUUUCAUUCGAACUCUUCAGGCUAAUGGAGUCAAAGCGAAAAUAUUGUCCUACCCGGAGAGUAAUCAUCCAUUGAUCGAAGUGGAAGUUGAGUCUGAUUUUGUGAUCAACAUGUUGAAGUGGUUCCAGGAGCACGCGUUCUCACGGUAG